CAACCAAUGGGAGUUAGGAAGGGAUUUCGGCCAAUGAGAGUAGAGGAGUCCCAGGACACGUGGGUGGGGGAGCUGAGCGCAGAGACCAAGUGGUAAAGCUGGGAGACCGAAAAAAUGCAGACCACCGGGGUACUACUCAUUUCUCCGGCUCUGAUCCGCUGUUGUACCAGAGGUCUAAUCAGGCCUGUGUCUGCCUCGUUCCUGAAUAGGCCAGAGAUCCCAUCUAAACAGCCUACCUACCGCAGCUCCCCACUCCAGGUGGCCAGACGGGAGUUCCAGACCAGUGUUGUCUCCCGGGACAUUGACACAGCGGCCAAGUUUAUCGGUGCUGGGGCUGCCACAGUUGGUGUGGCUGGCUCAGGGGCUGGCAUUGGGACAGUGUUUGGCAGCUUGAUCAUCGGCUAUGCCAGGAACCCAUCUCUCAAGCAGCAGCUCUUCUCCUAUGCCAUUCUGGGCUUUGCCCUGUCUGAGGCCAUGGGGCUCUUCUGUUUGAUGGUUGCCUUCCUCAUCCUCUUCGCCAUGUGAGGCUCCGUGGGGUUACCUACCCGUCCCUGCUACGUCGACUCCAGGCCAUGCCCCGUGCUGGAGUGUGCUAAGCUUUACCAUUAAACACAUUGUUUCUUUAACCUUA